AUGAUAUUUCACUCCAUUAACUAUCACUUUCCGGACAAGCUCGUUUCGAAGGGCAUCAAGGUAGAUAUCAAGAACCUGUUCGAGCUCCUCGGCAACGAUGCCGAGGAUGACACCCCUCAGGCGCCCGUGAAGACGGUCGAGAAGUCCACCAUGCGCACUACCAAGCGCAACGUCGAGCCUGAGGCCCCUUCGCGUGCCGCCGCUAACACCGGUGCUCGCCGCAACAACGCCUCUGGCAACGAGGCCGCCUUCCGUGACCGCGGUGCUGGCAGCGACCGCAACCGUGGUAAGACCACCGAGGAGUCUGCUAGAGGCGGCGCCCGCGGCGGCUACGGCGCCCGCGUCCGUGGAGGUCGCGGCGGCCGCUUCCCCCGUGAGCGUGAUGACCGCCACACCAAGGGCCCCGCCGGCAGCGGCUCCGAGAAGCAGGCUGCCCAGUCUUGGGGUGCUACCGAGGGCGAUGCCGAGCGCAACGACGAGCAGGCCGGUGAGGCCAUUGCCCAGGCCGAGCUUAAGGAUGCCGAUGCCGAGGCCGCCGCUCCCCAGCCCGAGGAGCCCGAGGACAAGAGCGUCUCUUACGCCGACUACCUCGUCCAGCAGGCCGAGAAGAAGGCCGCCCUGGAGUCCGGUAUCGAGAUCCGCAAGGCCAACGAGGGUUCCAAGCUCAAGAAGGAGUGGUCCAACGUCAAGGAGGUCACCCGCGAGGAGGAGGACUUCAUGAUCGGUACUGGCGGCAAGACCAAGCGUGAGCGUGAGCGCAAGACCAAGCAGCUCAUCGACAUCGACCAGCGCUACGUCGAGCCUGAGCGUCCCCGUGGCGGUGCCCGCGGUGGUGCUCGUGGUGGUGCCCGUGGCGGCGCUCGCGGCGGUGACCGUGGUGGUGCUCGCGGCGGCGACCGUGGCCGUGGUGGCCCCCGUGGUGGUGCCCCCCGUGGCGGUGCUCCCCGCGGCGGCGCUGCCCCCAUCAACACCAAGGACGAGUCUGCUUUCCCCAGCCUCGGCGGCAAAUAA